UCAAUUUAAUAUUCCGCUCGAAAAUAAAAUUUAAGUGAAAGAAAAGGUGACAGAUAAUCCAUACUCGUAUUCUUUCAAAAUAGAAAAACAUAUAUUAUAUUAUAUUAUUAUUACCACAAUCAAUAUAAUUUUGAAAAUUUUCUCAUUUUUCCCCACAACUACAAGAAUUUUCAAAACAUUCAAAUCAAAUUUCCACCGGCGCCUACUUAUAUUAUUCUAUGGUCACUUCUUUUCGGACAUAAAUACAUCCAUAAGAAUGUUCAAUUGUUCGAUAAUAAUUUGCUGUAAAGUCUUACUUUUUUCAUUUCUUUGAAUUUGCAAUACUUUUCAUUUUUGUCCUAAAAAUUUUCAUACACAUUUUUAUCACUCUAAAUAUCAUUCAAACAAUUCAAAUUUAUUUUCAAAUUCUCAUGCACGAUAAUUUUAAACUAUCAUAUCGUAUUUUUUGGUAGUAAACUCAAAAGAAAAGAUCAAAUAAGUAUUUUGAUACAGAGAUAUACGCAGAUUAUUCUAUAGUCAUAAUUAUUAUCCAAAUCACAUUGAUUUGAAUUUGUGGUUAUAGAUGAAUGUGAUUACUUUUCAAGUCUUAGCUUCUUUCUAAGAACCUUCAUUUUUUCCAAAACCAAUAGUUAAGUCUAGCAAUAUUUCCAUGGUUUUAUAACAACUACAUUCACAAUUUUCAAUAUUACCCAUUAUGGCUACCUAAAACAAAACAAUUCAGAUGAACUCGGUUUUCCAACUCAGUCAUGGAGACCGAGUUAAGUACCUCCAAGAUGUAAUGAACUCGGUUGGUGCUUGUUACAUUUGUCUUUGGACCUUCUCUCCUAAUCACAAUUUUAUGUAUUGUGAAGAUGGGUAUUACUUGGAAGAAAGUGCUAGUUCCUCAUCUGUAGGAGAAUCCAUUGCUCAGAGACUCUUCAACGAGUACAAACAAAUUCCCAUUAUAGCUGAGAAUGACCUUGUCCCUGGUUUGGCAUUCAAGAACAGAAAUCCCUACUUAAAGUUGCAAGAAUUAGAUCUUCAAAGGCUUGCAACUGUCGAAUCACAGCGUCAAUUCUACCAGGAAGCAAAGAUUAAGACUGCAUUAUUCUUAGGUAGUGAGAAAGGCGAAAUAGAACUUGGCAUGUCCAACAUUCCACAAAACUUGGAGAUAAAGAUGCAAAACAUGAUAUACCCAAGAACAGAAAAAAUCCCAAUUCCAAAUAGGGAUCAACAGAACAAAUUACAAAGUGCAUCAUCAUUAUCUCAAUCCAUAGACAGUUCAGAUCAAUACUCAAUCUUAUACACCUUACCAAUUACAAAUACAUGUAAUAAUACGAAUACUAAUACGACUAAUAAUACAAUAAAUCCUCAUCUAAAUCAUCCCUUACUACAACAAAUACCAUUCCCAACACCAGAAAGUACAGAUGCAGCCCUGACAAAGGCAUAUCUAGCUAUAUUAUCUUCCCCUUAUUCAGUUUCUAAAAAAGAAAACCAAAAAGAGAGUGCUUUUAGAAAGUAUUGUGGUAGUAUCAAUAUUUUUAGAAAUGAUUUGAGGAGGCCAACAUUGUUUAAAAGAAGUGUUGCCUUUUAUAGAAGUCUUCAUUUUAGGAGAUUACAAGAGGUUUCUAUUCAAGGACCAAGUCGUCCUACUACUACUCAAUCUUUGCAUCAUAUGAUUUCUGAGAGAAAAAGGAGGGAGAAGAUUAAUGAGAGCUUUCAAGCUUUGAGAUCUUUGCUUCCUCAAGGAACCAAGAAAGACAAAGCAUCAGUGUUAAGAUCAACAAAAGAACACAUAAACACAUUAAGAGCUCAGCUAACAGAAAUUAGUCAAAGGAACCAACUCUUAGAAGCACAAGUUAUUUCAAAAAGGCCAACAUUUUCAGACCCUUCUCCUUCUAAUAUUACAGAUCAUGUUAUUAAUACUACAAUAGAUGAUCAAAGAUUAGCGGUCAAGAUUACUCCUGUUUCUGAAUCAUCAUCAUCAGGAGAUCACACCAGAAUGAUCAAUUUGACUAUUACAUUGAGAAGAUCAGGAAUUCCAGUAGCAGAUUUCGUUAUUAAAAUAUUAGAAUUUAUAAAGAAAGUAAAUCAAGUAAAUAUAAUCUCAAUGGAAGCUGAAACAACUCAUCAUUCAGAAACUACACCAGGAGUUCUUGAUCAAAUUCCUACAAAUCAUCGGGUUACGUUUAGGCUUAAAAUCGAGGGGAAUGAAUGGGACGAGUUUGGUUUUACUGAAGCAAUCCAAAGACUUAUUUCUGAUUAAUUUGGUAUAUUUUGACCACGGUACGACAUCCACAGGACCACACUUAUGGAAGACAAUGAUGGUUGUUUUGAAGACUUAUAAUUACCAAUUAUGGCCUUGCAAUGUGGUUGAUGUUUUUUUUACUAUUUUUAUUUUUGACAUAGCAAUUUAUUUUUAUUUUUGUAAUCAUAAAGUUUGUCUCAGAUAACAAGCAACGUAGAAUUAUAUUCUAAUUAAAUAUUCUAUUUUUUGGCAUUAUUUAUAAAUCAAUUUUGUUAUAAAUGGUGUGACUUGAGUGCACAUUUAGUGUGUGUAUUCAUGUGUGACUCUUGGGUUUGGAAUUCAAUGAGUAUGUUAAUGUAGGUGUAUUAAGUUGAGUCUUGAUGAUUGUGGUUUAUGAUGGUGAUUAAGAGUAUGGAAUAAUGAGAUAAUGAAGUAUGAGUUAUUCAUAGGAGUUAUGGAACUUAAUGAAGAAGUGCAAAGGUUUGAUUCAAGAUGCUCUGCUAUACAAGUCGAGCAAUACUGUCAGAAGCCUUCUGAAGUGCAGCUCGACCAGCUCGCUCGACCGAGCGAGCUUAGAAUGGGUCGAGCGAGCAUACAGAAUGCAACCAGACACUUCUUGUAACCCGCUCGACCAAACCGCUCGACCGAGCAAGCCCCUAUUUUGGUCGAGCGAAGUCUCUGAUACUCCUAGGAUGCUGUUUUUGACUCUUCAAGUACUCGGGGAUGUUUCAUUAUCAUUUAUUCAUAGUUUUAAUGUACUUAAUGUUACUUAGUGAGAUCUCUCCUAUAAAUAGAGAGCUAUCAUACACACAUUGUAAUCAUCCACAAAAUACACCCCAAGCCAAACACUAGCCUAUAUCUCUUCUCUAUUGUAAUUCUCCAUAUUUGAGAGUUCUUUGAACUCCUUUGACAAUAUAAGAGAUGCUACACACCGGAGGACGUAGCCUAAGUUGGGUGAACCUCGUCAAAUAUUUUGUGUCGUUUUAUUGCAUUA